ACUGAGCUUUGCAAGAUUUGGGCAACAUUGACACCAAGUUAGCGGUCAUUGACACUGUUUUAAGUUUAAUUUCCACUCCAUAAAUGUUUAGUUUAAUUUAUUUUAUUUUAUUUGUCUCUUUGUUUCAAACCCCGGGGUUUCCAACACACUGACGCGCCUGCUGCUACUUUCCCCUGUGUGUGACUUGGACUGUGCAAUGCAUGAUUUACCAUGACAACUGAAUCAGGCGCAGAUUCGGAGGCCAAGCAGCCGCAGGAGAACAAGGAGACGGAGAAGGGUAAAGCUAAAGCAGCCGCCGCCGCCGAACCCACCUCGCCUCAGAACCAGCCGGAGCAGCUGCCCGCCGCCGCCGGACACAGCACCCCGGCCAGGAAAGAAGAACAGGAGCACCAGGAGGGGGACCAGGUAUCCCACAGAUCGUCCACCAGUCGUCUCUCCAGGUCUCCUUUGAAAGGAGUGAAGAAGACGAAGAUCAUGGAGUGUAAAGUCGCCAUGCUGGACGGCUCCGACUUCACAAUCAAUGUGGAGAAACGAGCAAAGGGCCAAGUGCUCUUUGAUAAAAUAUGUGACCACCUCAAUCUCCUGGAGAGGGACUACUUUGGCAUCACAUGCAGAGAUGUAGAGAAUCAGAAGAAUUGGCUCGACCCUUCCAAGGAGCUAAAGAAGCAGAUCAGGACCGGUCCCUGGACCUUUGGCUUCAAUGUUAAGUUUUACCCUCCAGACCCCUCCCAGCUGACUGAGGAUAUCACAAGGUACUACCUGUGUCUGCAGCUGAGGGACGACGUGGUUUCCGGCCGGCUGCCCUGCUCCUUUGCCACCCACACAGUGCUGGGCUCCUACACAGUGCAGUCUGAACUGGGAGACUACGACCCCGAGGAAUUGGGCAGCGACUACAUCAGCGAGCUGCGCUUCGCACCCAACCAAACCAAAGAGCUCGAGGAGAAAGUCAUGGAACUCCACAAGACCUACAAGGGGAUGACACCAGCCGAAGCAGAGAUACACUUCCUGGAAAAUGCCAAGAAGCUGUCCAUGUACGGCGUGGACCUCCACCACGCUAAGGACUCUGAGGGAGUGGAGAUCAUGUUGGGAGUUUGUUCAAGUGGCCUGCUCAUCUACAGAGACAGGUUGCGAAUUAACCGGUUCGCUUGGCCCAAAAUCCUAAAGAUCUCCUACAAGAGGAACAACUUUUACAUCAAAAUCCGGCCCGGUGAGUUUGAGCAGUUUGAAAGCACGAUUGGUUUCAAGCUUCCAAAUCAUCGCGCUGCCAAAAGGCUGUGGAAGGUCUGUGUGGAGCACCACACCUUCUUCAGGCUCAUAUCCCCCGAGUCUCAGCCGAAGAAGUUCCUGAGCCUCGGCUCCAAGUUUCGCUACAGCGGCAGAACGCAGGCUCAGACCCGCAGGGCCAGCUCCAUGAUCAUCAGACCUGCGCCGCUCUUCGAGCGCUCCACCAGCAAACGCUACAACAUGUCCGUCAGCUUAGAUGGAGCACCCAUUAUGGAGAACCAUGAGACUCUCAUGAAGGACAGUGCCGCUGAUGGGGCAACCAAAAUCAGCACCACGGGUGACAUCAUCACCAUGGUAACGACGGAGAAGAAGGCAGAGGAAGAGAAGGCGGAGCAGGAGGACGCUCGGAUGGAUGAGACGCAGGAACCGACUGGCACCACACCGCUCGGGCGCGACACCAAGUGCUCUUCCCAUGUGUACACAACCGACCCCCUCCGCUCUGAGCUCUCACUCCCCUCAUCUCCUGUUUCAUCACCUAAAGUACGGCGGAGGCGCAGGGAGAAUAUGCGUAAACGGGCCUCGUCCGUCAGUCCAGCCAAGAGCGCCGCUGGGUGCCGCCGCCGGCAAGCCCACGCCGACCGCAAGGCCGCCCUGCUGGACGAGCAGGUGCUGCUGCUCUCGGCCCGCAAGCAGAGGCUGGAGCAGGGCAAGAGCCGCGGCGGCACGCUCUUCUCCUUCUCACUGCACCUGCCCGAUAUGUCCGCCUUGCUGGAUGAGGACGGCUACAUCUCCUUUCCCGAUAUGUCAGAGAUGCACUUCCUCCCUAUGUUCGCGCAGAACUUCCUGCCUAUUAAGUCACCGUCGCUCAUCCCCUGCUUCCUCUUCAUUUUCUUCUUCCUGCUAUCCACCUGCUUUUCCGUCCCUUACGCCCUCACCCUCUCUUUCCCCCUGGCGCUGUGCCUCUGCUUCCUGGAGCCCAAGGCAACCUCCCUGACCGCUUCCAUAGCCCAGGGCUACCAUGACCAUGACAGUUCAGAGGAAGAGGAGACCGACAGCGAACAAACCGACUUUGCCUUUGAUGGAGAGAUGACCGCCACAGAGUCGGACGCGGAUGACGACUCUGAGAUGCGGACUCAGUAUAGUUUCAUAAGGCGAGUAAAAGGAGAAAACGUGUUUAUCAAGCAUAGUAAUCUGAUGCUAGAGGACAUCUCGCCUCCGGAAGACAUGGUCAAACACCAGACCAACAUCAGCGAACUGAAGCGCUCCUUCCUGGAGACGGGCGAGAACGCGCCCGGCCUGACGGAAUGGGAGAAGAGACUCUCCUCGUCCCCCGUGCGCUCGCCCCGAGAAGAAGCCCCAAUGAUAGAGCCGCUGGAGCUGCAGGACACUAAAGAUGAGCAGCCUGCAGGAGAAGAUCCACUCGAGGAGGUAGAACCUAAAGCCACUGAGGCGGCAGGAUAUCUGGUGAAAUAUGUGGUCGAUAGUAUCGCAACAGAUUUGGCCACCUCCUCUGGGCCUCACGGGAUUAGCCUGUCAACUACUAUGGACGAUGAUGUCUUCAUGGACGGGACCCGAAGGGAGGUGGACGAAGUGUUGGAGAGGUCCGAGAUGAAGGUCAGCCCCGGGGCUGUCAGACAGGAGGUGUCCCAGGCUAUCAGUGACAAGAAAGGGACGCUCAUUAUCUUGAAGGAGGCUGAUGAUAAAGUGGACGCAGAGGGCAAAGAGACGAGAGCUGCAGGUGAUGAAGAAGAGCCUGUUGUCCCUGAAGAGGCCAAAGCUGAGGAGAGCGAAAUGCUGUCUGCCUCUAAAGAGAAGGAAUCCAUCAGUGAAGACGCUUCUGUUGUUGUAGAAGCCAAAACCAAGAUGCAGAGUCCGAAGACGGAGAUAAAAACUGAUGACAUGACUCAGAUUAAAGGUACUGACUCACCUAAAAAGGCCAUGGCAUCCUGGUUAUCUGAAGUGGUGAAGUCCGAGGUCAUCAGUGAGUCAACAAAGGAAGUAAAACAGACAAAAGCUUCUGAUGCCCUGCAGCAGGAAGAAGAAGAAAUCUUCACCUUCGAAGAGGUCCAGACCGAGCAGUCAAAGUCCAGCCUGUCUCCGAUUACAGUUUCUGAAUCCUCAACUACAUCCUUAGCAGUGUCUACGCUGGGAUGUGUUUCCUCCUCUGAAAAGGGAUCCGCUGAACCAGAGGGGAAGAUGGGGGUUGCCAUGGAAACGAAGGCGGCACCGGCCGAGUCGACGGGGCCAACGGGUCUUGACGUCGUCGCGGUGGGAACCAAAGAGGUGCCUGUAGUCCACACGGAGACAAAGACUAUCACCUAUGAGUCUGCAGAGGUGGACACUAAUGGUGACGUGGACCAUGGGGUGUUGCUGAGUGCUCAGACAAUCACCUCGGAAACCACCAGCACCACGACAACCACACACAUCACAAAGACGGUUAAAGGAGGAAUAUCAGAGACAAGAAUUGAGAAACGGAUUGUCAUCACAGGAGACACAGACAUCGACCACGAUCAGGCUCUGGCUCAGGCCAUAAAGGAGGCUAAAGAACAGCAUCCUGACAUGUCAGUGACCAAAGUAGUGGUACAUAAAGAGACAGAGAUCACGCCAGAGGAGGGGGAGGACUGACCCAGGAGUAACACGGUUCAACUACCCACAAUGCAACAUCCACAACUCCACAUAUUACUCCGGGACUCUCAGAAGACUAGAACGGCUCCUACUCUCCUAAUGCUGCAGCCCGCCGCUAGUCGCAGCCAUCACCCGCUAAUUAAAUAAAUGCAUCUUGCAUGAGAAGGACGCAAAUGUUGCAUCAUCAUACGAAAUGUCCAGAUUAUACUGAAACGUACGAUUUUUAAAACGCGGUUCUCGAUCCGCCUGCACGCCGAAUCUCCGCGCGUGCAGCAAGCAAACCGUUUGCUUACACUGCCUUAUGACAUUGAUGCAUUUUUAUGAUUAUUGAAAAUAAUUAUUGUAGCAACGUUUUAUUUAUGAAAUAAUGCCAUCACUCCAGAAACUUAACGUCGCUGUAUCUGUUAGGGAGCAGACGCUGUUUAACUUUGCUGUGGAAGUGCCAACCUCAUUUGCCAGCGAGCAUCGCCUCACUUCCUCCAACAAGCCUCUGAUUUAUCGUCUGCGAUGCCACUACUACAGAAAUCACUGCAGCCCAGUUCUGUACAUAUCGCCGCUUUCCUAGGAGAAUAGAAAAUUAUCGUUCACACUUGCUUUUAUUCACGUCUACCUGAAUUGCUUUUUCUUUUUACGAUCAUUUCAGUAUUUUGUCGUUUUUUUCCUCGUCGAUUUGAUUCCACCGCGGUCCGUUUUGGCAGAUGCCAAGGAAUCAAGUUUUUGUUUUUGUUUUUGUGCAAGAAAUAUAUUUUAAUGUGCCUGUGCAGGCUUUGAAUGUUCUCCAGGGUGGCCGAUCGGCUGCAGCGCCAAAUGUCCCAGGUUUGUGUGGCUGUGAGGCGAAGGGCUCAGACUGCCGAGCUCUGCUCAAAUUAGAUGCAAAGCCAAGAGAGAUCUGUCCAUCUCCUCCUCCUCCCCUCCCCCCACCCCCACCCACCCAGAACAUGCCAACUAUAUUCCGCCCUCAUCUGUUCAACUCUAUCUGAAUAACCGAGUAUUGUUCGUGUACAGCCAUGUUUUUCCUCAAAACGAUGAAAUAAAAGUGGCAAAUGCA